AUGUCUGUGCCACUCAUCAUUCCCCCAACAUCUCCUCUAAUCGCUGGGCCUGAUGCCGUCGUCCUCGACGCGUCGUGGCUCUAUGAACCCGAUCCACCCACACGCAACGCAUAUGAAGAGUUUCAAGCUGGCCCUCGAUUGCCAAACGCGCGGUUCUGGGAUCUGGACGCUGUCUCUGAGCCUCAUCCCGACGGUUACGCUCUCAUGCUUCCGUCGCCCGAGCGAUUUGCCGCUUUUGCCGGUAAGCAUGGCGUGGUGAAGGAUUCACAUGUCAUUGUGUACGAUGGCGAGGGGGUCUUCGCGGCGCCGCGGACGGCAUGGACGUUCAAGGUGUAUGGGCACGAGAAGGUAUCGGUGAUCAAUGGUGGUCUGCCGCGAGCGAAGAAGGAGGGCGUCAAGCUCGAGACGGGGCCGCCCAAACCUUUCCAGGAAACCGAAUAUGGCAUCCCUACCUUGGACCGCGACGCGGUUGUCCAGUUCGACGAAGUGUUGAGGCUAGCACACCGACCGUCACCCUCGGCAGACGGCACUCUGUUGAUAGAUGCGAGACCUGAGCCGUCAUACCAGGCCGGUCAUAUACCCACAUCUCUCCUCCUGGACUUUCCAUCAUCCCUGCUCGAGGACCCUGACAAAUUCACGUACCUGCGAGAACCCGAAGCCCUGAAGAAGCACGUCGCCGAGAAGCUUGGGCAGAAUCGAUUGGAAGAAAUCCUCACUCAGAAAGUGACGGUCGUCAACACUUGCGGAGGUGGCCUGUCGGCAGCGAUAAAUUGGUUGUCCCUCAAGUCGCUCGGAGUGGACUCUCGACUCUACGACGAAGCAUGGGGUGGCUAUUCCGCCCGUACGGGCACUCCUAGAAUAACUGGCCCAGACCCUUUAUAA